CGGGGGUUGGGUGCACGCGCGGCUCCGGAGUUCAGCGACGGGGAUCUGUUUAUAAUCAUUGAAGGGUGGAGUGGACCCUUACGGGUCGGACACCAUAAGAGGCGCACCAUGGACAACCGUGACGCGGUGAUCCAGCUGCAGAGCCGGCGGAUCGCCGAGCUGUCGGCGGAGCUGGAGGCCGUGGCCGGCGAGCGGGACGUGCUGCUGCUGGAGCUGGAUCAGCUGCGCUGCCAGCUGGAGCUGCACGACCUCUCGGCUGCCAGUCCGGCGGCCAGCACCAUGCCGCCGGCGGACGGUCCCAGCGCCGCGUCCAGCUCGCUGGCGGCCGGCCCCGGCCGCGCCAAGGCCGACAACUGCAUCAAACGGUCCCGCAUCAACGCUCGGUACGAGCUGAGCCAGGACCUGGCGGAGCGGCAGGUGGCCUGCCUGGAGCGGCGCUACGGCGGCCGGCGCGCGCGCCACGCCGCCACCACCAUCCAGCGCGCCUACCGCCGCUACGCGCUCUCCAAGAAGUUCCGCGCCAUCACACUCUCGGCCAAAACGGAGCGGCGGCUGUCGCGGCGGUUUGACGUGCCGGCGAGCUGGCCGGCGCCGACGGCCGCGCCGCCGCCGCCGGCGCCCGGGUCCGGCCAGGCGGCCGGGCGCGCGGCCAACGGCCUGAACGGCAGCCUGGAGAACGACUCGGACCUCUCCGACCGCGAGUACCAGAGCUACAACUACCUGAACGACGCCACCUACCUCAGCGAGUACUACGCGCCGCACGCCAACGGCCCGCCGCCCGCCGUCGCGCCUUACCAGGUGGCCGAGCAGCGGCUGGGGCCGAGCCGGCGGGGCCGCGGUCCUCCGCCGGAGCCGCCGCACCGCACCAGCUCGGUGGCGUGCGCGCCGCGGCGGCUACAGGUGGCCAGCUCGAGCAGCGAGAGCAGCCUGGCCUCGGCCGGCCCCGUCAGCACCUCGUCGCCGAUGGUGCGCCGUCGCUCUCAGGUGCCGGAGAUCGUGCGCAAGCGCCAGUACCGUGUCGGCCUGAACCUGUUCAACACGAAGCCGGAGCGCGGCAUCGACUACCUGAUCGGGCGCGGCUUCCUGGACGAGGCGCCGCACAGCGUGGCCCGCUUUCUCAUCACCCGCAAGGGGUUGAGCAAGCAGAUGAUCGGCGAGUACCUGGGCGACCUGCAGUCGCCGUUCAGCGCCGCCGUCCUCGAGUGAGUACCGCCGGCGGCAGCGUCCGGGCGGGGCGGACUCCGAUACGCGAGGAGGCCAGAGGGCGCCCGGAGAGCGACACCCGGGGUCACCGGCAGGCGAAGCGAAAACUCGGAAAAAGGCAAAAGUAAAGC